UUUUCCUCAACCUUUAUAAUAUCACCGGAGAAGCAACGUGCAACAUAGAAAGUUUAGAAACGAGAUUGAAGACGAAGACGAAGAAGAAGAAGAGAAGAGAGAGAAAAAACGAGAAACAGCAACAACAAAGAAGACGACCGCCAUAGCCGUAGCUCAGUUUUCAAUAAGCUCUGCAGCUCCAAACUCACUCAAUCACACCUUCUCUCUUGUAAUGCCGAGAAUUUCCACUCUCGAAACCCGAUUAUCCCAAGAAUUUUUCAGGUCAUCGAGUCUCCAUAAUUGAUCGACACGAUCGGAGCUCCAAUUAGCCUUUGGAGAUCUGGGUUUCCGUCAUCGGAUUAUCCUUUUUCCGUCGUUGGUCAGAAUCUUUCUCCUCUCAUUUUGUCUGAAUUGGGAAUUUCUGUAAGGAUUGACGAAUCUCUGGUUGUUUCUUCCUUCGCAGAUAUGGAGACGGAGGUGAGAAAUCAGAACCAGAGAGGAUGUAAGGCUCUGGAACCGGAAGUUUUCUUACAGUGGGGAAAGAGGAAGCGUCUGCGGUGUCCUAGGAACAAAGACCCAGAGAUCUCCGAGCGAUUAUGCGGCAGUCUACGGAAGAAAAUCGGAUCUCGGAGCGGUCGCUGUGUGAUUUCUGCUUCAGAAAAAGAACGGAUCCCACUCCAACCAAAUCGUUUAACUAGGAAUUCUGAGGGCGUUACUACGCUGCGUAACGGUGGUGCAGGCACAGCGCCGUCGCCGGAGAAGGAAGACCGUUACUACUCCACCAGAGGAUCCACGGCGGCGGUAGUGGACGAGAACGGCCAUGAGGAAAGAGGAGGCAGCUUUGUUUUACCAAAGCUGUUGAUUGCUCUGUCAAGCAAAGAAAAGGAAGAAGACUUCAUGGCCAUGAAAGGCUGCAAGCUUCCACAAAGACCUAAAAAGAGAGCCAAGAUGAUUCAGAGAAGCUUACUUCUGGUGAGCCCUGGAGCAUGGCUGACGGAAAUGAGCCAAGAAAGAUAUGAAGUUAGAGAAAAGAAGACAACGAAGAAGAGGCCAACAGGGCUGAAAGCCAUGGGAAGUAUGGAGACUGAUUCAGAAUGAGGAUGUCUGAAAAUUUUGAAAACUCAACUAACCCUUUUGAUUCUUUUUUGGGAAUGGUGAAAUUUGAACGAAAGAAGAAUAGAAGAGAGAGAUAAUGUGAAUCUCAUCCUCAGUCUCUGAUCUGCUCUUUUGGAAACUAUGAUUCAAAGUCUCAAUUUGGCUUUGGAUUUGACGAUGCUAAAGAAGUCCACUUUUGGGGCUGUGUUAGGCAGAGCACCGAAAGCGAUGGAUUGUUUACAAAUUAAAGAAAGAAAAAACAAAUGAGAUCGCCCCUUUUUUUGUGUAUAUUAUGUAAUGUAAAAAAAUUGGAGAAAAAUCUUGCAUCUUGUGACCAUCAUCCAUCAAAUGGAAUGAAAAUUUAUCGAUUUUCUAA